AUUUUUCCUUACAGUUCAUUUUUAAACGUAACGUGUUAGAUAAAAGCCUUGUCACUCAUCAUUCAUAUGCAAGGCCAAGUAAUAUAAGGUUCUUACGUAUUGUUUUUGGUAUAGAAGUUCACUUAUUGUUAAUUUCAAAGAGUUAAAAGUAGGUACCGUAUGAAAUGAAGCGAGUAUUGCUUUUUUUGAUUGUACUGCAAUUAAGUGAGUGAUUUGUAAGUGAAGUUAGUUUGUUUAUUGUGAAAUUUAAGGUUCAUCGCAAAGGUGUCCAGUUUGUAAAGAUUAUUAUUGUUUGGAAAACAUUUGGAAAGAUUGCCCUCAAACACUGGUUAAUUCAAAUAUUACAAAUAUAAGCAAUGCAAGUAUUAAUUGCAUCAGUGUGCAGUACAUAGCCCAACAAGAGUAUCGCCAAUUGAAGGACUGUGUUAUUGGAACGGAAGCGGAAAAUUGUCAAUUAUUUUACCAAGAAUACGGAAUACAAAACGUUAAUUGUACGGUCGUCCCAGCAUUUGUUGAUAUUCAACCGUCUUCAAAUCAAUUAGAAAGAAAUAGACUUGCAAACGGGACAAGUACUGGUCAAGGUUUAAAUUUAAAUCUAAACUGUAGUAGUCCAUGUUUGAAUUUAAAUUUAAGUUUAUUUUUAAGUGAUGAUUCGAAUUCGACUUCUAGCAUCAGUUCUAGUGAAAGUCUCAGUUAUAGUUACGAUGAAACUCUUAAUGUUAGUUACUUAAAUUUUAAUUUUUCGUCAAAUUCGUUUGGCAAUUUAAGUUUUAAUUUGACAGAAGAUUCAAGUGACUCAGAUUUAAAUUACAGCUAUGAUUUAAUUUUCGCCACAAAUUCAAGUGUUAAUUUAAACGAAAGUGACUUGUUGCUGUCUAAUUUAAAUCCAAUUCCAAUUCCGAUUUACAGUACUUCUCUAAAUCAAAGUUUAAAUUUGACUUCAUCUGAAGAAGACUCGGGUUCUGAUUUGAGCUACAGUUACGACUGGAAUUCAAAUUCAAGCUUUAAUUUGACUUCCAAUGAAACUGAUUUUUUGUCUUCUGAUCCUGUCAUUAUCAGUUCAAACCCAGUUCUAGGUUACAGUGGAAACUCAACUUCAAAUAGCAGUGUUAGUUUUACUUCGGCUGAAGAUAAUUCUAACUCUGAACUGAAUUCAAGUGCGAACCUAAAUUUAAUUCUAAACAAAAAUUAUUCUAUGUCUUCUGACAUCAUUUUAAAUACUACGUCCUACGAAAAUUUAAGUUUCAGUUCGACAGAACAAGAAUCAAAUUCCAGUUUUAAUCCCAUUUUACAAACAAAUUCAAACCUGAAUGUAGAUUUUAACGUAAGUCAAGCCAGUAUUGAGAAUAAUAAUAGUUAUGCUGACCAUAAUUUUACUGACUCUGAACUAAGCUCAAGUUUAGAGUUUUUCAUAAACUCAAGUCAAAACUUGCCAUUGGCUUCUAAUUCAGAAAUAGAUUUAAGUUUAAACUCAAGUUUGCAAAAUUUAGAACAAGCAAACACAACGGAAAGAAUACUCCAAACAAAUAAUUCUGAUUUUGAUAAAAUGGUUACUUUUAGUCCAAAUUCUACAGAGCAAACUUUAACCCCCACUGAACCAACGAUAAGUCUUCUAUCUUUUUUCAACACGACACCUAAUCUACUCUCUGAUGCAACAGUUUUGUCUGAAAGUCCUAUAUUAAGCACAACUUCCGAUUAUGAAUUGAGUGCUGAAACAAAUAGCUUAACCUUGACAGAUCUUAGCUCCGUUAGUUCUACCUUGCCUUCAGACUCAAGUCUCGGCCCAUAUCAAGAUUUUAGUCCAACUUCCAAUAUUUUAAUAUUCGAUGGUGUUGAGCCGAAUUCAAAUGAAAGCGAAAACUUUACUAGUUUUUCUUCAAAUACUGAUUCCGCGAUUAGUUCUCCACUUUCCGACUCAACGUCAGAAAGCCCUAGUUUUGCAUUAAGUUCUGGUUUAGCUAAUUCGACCACUUCGAACUUUGACGUAAGCCCAACUUUGGCCUUAAAUCCGAAUUUCAGCUAUAGCCCAAACCAGGGUUCAACAGUUACUCCAACUUCUUAUAAUGAAAAUUAUUCCUUAAGUAUUACGUAUACCAGCCCAACUUCUAAUUUUUCAGAUUUAGAAACUAUUUCUCCUUUCGACAAUUAUAGUUUUACUUCAAGUCCUGGUUUGAAUUUAAGUUCAGCUGACAGUUUGGAUGUAACUUCUAGUUCUUCUAACCCAACUGAAAGUUUCAAAAUUAGUUUAACUACCAGUCCUACUUCUAAUACUAAUAGCUUUGAUUCUAGUACAACCACUGAACCGGUUUUAAGGCCAGGUUUUGCUACAAGACCAGGUUUCUUGACCCAAAAUUCAGGUUUGACAACUCCAACUUCGCGUUCUAAUUCAAGCUUUAGAAUUGACCCUAAUAUCAGUUUUCCUUCAAGUGACAAUUCAACCAGAAGUAACUUUACUUCUAACACAACUCCAAGUUUUUAUACAAUUUUGCGCGACAUGUUCAGAUUCAAUGUUAGCACGACACCAAGCUUUCGUAAAAAGCUUAAUGUAACUUCUCGCCCUCAUCCUACAAGCCCUAGCUACACUUCCAGUUUUACGUUCAACUGGAUCCCUGAUAGACACGUUCUUCCCUUUAUUCCUACUCCAAGUGUAAACGGUAAUAAGCCUAAAAAACCGGCUUCUCAAGUCAGCCCAGACCUGAAGCCAAGUCCAGAUUCUGCGAGCAUUAACACAGUUAACGUAAUCAUAGAAAUCCUAGUUUUAAUGCUAUCUGUUUUUGAACUCUGUUAAUUAGUUAAGUUGGUACUUAUCGUUGUAGAUUGUUGUAAAAUAAGUUAUUUUUUACUCUUAUUUGUAAAUAUGUAUAUUUUUCUAACUGUACUCAUAUCGUGAUAAAUGUUGCCAAUUAAGUUUAAAGUUUGUCACAUUAAAGAUAAUCUUUUCUGGUCAAUCGACUUUCCACCCUUCGAUGCACGCAAUGCACGUAAUAGCAUUCUGAGGUGAACAAACUAGUCUGCAUUCGAAAAUCAUGCAAAUGAGACGCGAUGACUACCAUCUCCUGCAUUGUAGUGACAACUCUAGUGGUUGUGUCUUUGGCUAAUUUAGUGCUUCUAGUGCACGUUAUUAUGAAUUCAAUCUACAAAUGUAGUCAACACCGGACGUAUUUGAAACGCGUUGGAAAAAUAGAAAAACGGGAAGAUUCAUCUUUUAUGGAUCAAGAGUUUAAAACAACAGCAAACAAUUUUGUGGCUGCUUUAAUUGUAGAAAUUGACGAUGAUAAUUUUGAGUUUGUGUGUGGAGUGGCUAUUGUGGGCAAAAAAUGGGCUCUAACACCAGCACAUUGUGUGGAUGCUAUCGUUGAUCAACCUCUAACUAAAGUUAAGAUUUCUUCUAACACUUUGAAGCUGAAAUACGGAAUUUGGUACGACGUUGAUAGAAUGAGUAAACACGAAAAUUAUAAGUCUAGUGAACACGUAAACGACAUAGCUUUGAUAAGUGUUAAGCAAUCAUUUAAAGACAAAGAAGUUAAAAGUGUUAUCCUGCCGACUAGAAAUUUUUUAUACGUAGCUGAGUCCUCAGCAACUGCUAUUGGGUGGUUGGGUCAAGAAGUGUUUGCAGUUGAUUUGAAACUGCUUCCACAUAAACAGUGUCAGAGUGCUUAUCUCGAAGGAGUUACAAAUGGUACUUUUUGUGCCGAAAGAAAAGCUUGUGUUUAUGACCAUGGAGGGUUUUUGAUUCAGAAAGGUGUGCUAAUUGGGACUAUCUCUUUUGGGGUAGGAUGUAACUCAAAACCGGUUGUUUAUACGAAAAUCUCGUUGUUUGAAGAUUGGUUCAAAGGUCGGAAAAUCGGAGCAGUUUUUAAAGGAAGUACUUAACAUGUAUUCUCGCAAUUGUAGACACAGAAAUAAAGUUUAUAAC